AAAUUCCUGACAAUUGGCGUGACAAAAUGAGACAAACUCUCCAUCAAAUUUUGUUCCUUUUUUCAAUCUUUUACGAUAGAAUUCCUCAAGUGAAAUUAUUGAAUUUAGCGAGAGGAAAGGCAGCUUUUCAAAGUUCUACGUAUGGAACUUAUUCCAAUCCCAGAAAACCUCAAUUUGCCAAUGAUGCUAACAUUGAAAUUUCUCUUCAAAAUUACGAAUACUGUUCAAGAACAGACAAAGAUCCGGAAAGUCACUCUUGGUGGUCCGUUGAUUUGGAAGACGUCUAUGAAAUUACGAAAGUGUGUCUUUUAAAUAUAAACGAUGACAUUUAUACAAAUCUACAACAAUUUUACAUUUUUGUUGGAAAUUCGCCAAAAGACCAUUUUUGUCUUUGCUCUUUUGUAACUGAUCCAAUAAAAAGACCAAGUACAAUAGAUCCUUUUCAGUACGAUUGCUAUUCUUGCCCGCCUACUUGUAUUGGAUCCUUUGUAUCAAUUCAAUUGUCUGCAUCAUUUGUAGAAUUGAUAAUAUGCGAUGUAGACGUUCGUGGAAGUCUAAUUAACAAAAGAGAUUCUCAUUUAUUAAAUUUAACAAAUACGAAAAUAACAACUGGAGGUCACUACCUAAACCAUUCGAAAGAAUUUGCCAUAGACAAUGACUAUAAGACCUGGUUUCGUUCAAAAUCCGGUUCCUAUGGUUCAUUUACAAAACCGUAUUUCUUGAUUGAUUGUUUAAAAACGUUAAAAGUUCAUGGCAUGUUUAUUAUUUCAUUAGAUAAAGAUUAUAUUCUUAAAAGAUUUAAACAAGUAUUUAUUUCGGUUAAGCAACUACCGGAAACGGAUUUCAAUUCUAAUAGUCAAUUUUGCGUUGAACAACUUUCUGGAUUGUUUAGAACGGGCCAUGAACUUUUAAUUGUUUGGUGUCAUCCUAUACUUACGGGAAGAUAUAUUCUUAUUAGUAUGAAAGACAGUAUCAAUAGCGAUAAAAUUUUAGAAUUAACGGAAAUAUAUGCCUACAUUUCUGAGUUUGACAAACACGAGGCGAUUGAAACUGGAAAUUCACUUAAAUCAUACUUAAUGGACGUGACCUUGAAUAACGUUUCAUUAUCAAAUAAUCACUUUGAUUUAUUAAUCGAUAACGUUUACUAUAUUAAUGAUAUUAAUGGGAGAAUACCAUUGAAUAACUCCGAUAUCUUAACUCUAAGAAUACGGCUUAUUCAUAUUAAUUCAAUAUGUCUGACAGUCUUUCAUACAACGAACUUUACAGCUGCAAUUCAAAUUAAUAUACGUCAUUUUCUUAACAAUUCAAUCCUUUCUUUAACGAUUUCUACGUUUUUUAAAUAUUCCCACACCGUGUGCGUUAAAUUCAAUUCUAUUUUAACUAAAAAUAUUAUAAUUCAAUCGCAAAAUGCUGAAGAACUGGCAGAAAUUGAUCUUAUUGCAGUUUCAACUGUAUUUGCAGUUGGUGGAAAAUGUUUAGACAAUAUUCAUAAAUGGACAUAUUCAACUUCUCUUCUUCCUAAUAAUUCUAAUCCAUUUUACAACAUUUUACUAGAAGGUGUAAAUACUGCAAACGAUAUUGCAGUUUAUAAAUUAAAAACUGCAACGAAUGAAUUAACGCAUUUAUGUGAAAAUUUUGAUAUUUUUGACGAAGAUUGGAAUUCAAGAAAUGGUUUACUUUUUCAAUGCAAAAAAUUCAAUGGACUCAUUGAAAUUAAUUCUUAUCUUUUAAAGCAAUCUCUCACUUUUGUCCAUAUAUUUUAAAUCACAAUAAAACGUUGUACAAAGUGAUUGGGAAACAAUACAAAUUAUACGGCCG